AUCAACAGCCGCCAUCUUGUUGUGGCUCGGAAUAGGGAUUUCGGUCCAACACUGGGUUUAACGUUUAAAUAGAGCAUGCUUUCCGCGCUAUGACAGCUUCCUUCCCCCGAAAAUGAAAUCUUAACAUCGACUCGGAGACGUUUUGUGCAGAAAAAAAGCCAAAUCGGAUCGGUGGUCGUCGGACAGAAACGCUCGCUAUAUCCGAUUUCCCCUUCAGAGUGCGGCGAUUCAACCCCGUCGCCGUUCGGGAGCAGUAUUGUUUACCGUUCGCAAGCUGGGAUCGGCCCGCUGCUUUCGUGGAGAAUUGCAUUUCCCCCCCUUAUUUUCGUGCAGCCGUGCAUUUUUUGUGGAGCUUCUCGCAAUUUUUGCAUGAAGAAAUUUGACGUCACGCAAAAUGAGUACUUUGAACAUCUAGAAUUUACGACCUUUUCAUCGGAAUGCAGCGGUUCACCUGAUUUCAUUGGACGGAUUUGCUUAAAUUGGAGUUUUACAUGGGGAAUCUUUUAAUUUGGGUUAUUUAAUGCUAAUAAUGUGGGUGUUGGGUGUUGGAUUAUCAUGGGGUGAGUGGCGGUGGCGGAGCGGGGCGCUAUUGCAUCUCUUUUGAAGACACCCGACUCGCUCACCACGGAGGAGCUAGCUAAACGCUAACUGUUAACUUAGCUGCUAGUCAGUUAGCUCACGUUAGCAAGUCAACUCGCUAAUGUAUUAACCCGAAAGCGAGCGACCUUCGAUAAUUGCGGUUCUCAUCGAAAGUGACCAGCGGGGCAGGGGAGCUAACCAUGGCUGAAAACCUCCUGGACAUCGGACCUCCGAGCUCCAAGCGGCCGAAACUGAAUUCACCUGCCCUGUCAGCGUCUGAUGGACCAGACCUUGGGUCACUGUCGUGGGAUGAUUUAGAAAAUGACCUCCCAGAUGAGUUGAUUCCCAAUGGUGGAGAGCUGAGCCUGAUGGGUGGGAUGCCAACAAAUGGAGGACCAGCACCUGGGCCUGGUGGUACCACUGUGGUCUCUGAUGCCGCUGCAAAACACAAGCAGCUCUCGGAGCUUCUACGAGCAGGUAGCACCUCCGCAAUCACAGGUGUAGGGCUGAGCUCUGGUAGCCCUCAGCCUGGAGGUAUUGGUCCCCAGCUUGGCACACCUUUGGGUAAGAGCCCUCUUAGCCAAGGCUCACCCAACAACCACCCAUCUCCUCAAGCCCAAAAGGCAGGAACACCAACUGGAGUGACAGGACAGAACAACAACAGUGCUACCACAAUGAGUUUGAACAACCCAGGCUUCAAUCAGGCCUUGAUGAAUGAUAGCCAGAGUCAUUCUGGGCUGUUAACGCAGGGUGGGCAGCCCCAGCCUGGGCAGGUCAUGAACGGGGGACUUGGUCCCGGUGUCGGAAGAGGGCGAGGAGCAGCUGUGGUCGGCAUGCAGUACCAAGGACAAACGAUGCAAGGAGCUGCAUCAGGUGCCGGCAGUGCUUUGGCAGACACGCUCACCCAGGGAGGACAGCAGACACAUGCUACGCUCAAUGCAGCACAGCAAGCAAGCAACAUUAACAAGAUAAACCUUGGAAGCAAUGGGGGUCCGUUUGUGACUCAGUCUUAUGGACAGGGUGCGGCAGGGCCUGGCCAGCAGCUCAACCCUCAGCAGCAGCUCCAGAACAAGGCCGCCCUUGCUAACAGUCUACCACCUUUCCCGAAUGAACUGAAGGUGGCAGCUGUCAACAGUGUGCCAAACAUGCAACAACAACAGGCAGCCAUGUUGCCACUGUCUGGCGGUGGAAGUGUAGCCGCUCCUUCAGCAGGACCGACAGCCGACCCAGAGAAGCGCAAGCUGAUCCAGCAGCAGCUGGUCCUGCUGCUGCAUGCACACAAGUGCCAGCGACGGGAGCAGGCCAAUGGGGAGUUGCGGUCCUGUGCCCUACCUCAUUGUCGCACCAUGAAGAACGUCCUCAACCACAUGACUCACUGCCAGGCUGGAAAGUCAUGCCAGGUGGCUCACUGUGCAUCGUCCAGACAGAUCAUCUCCCACUGGAAAAAUUGCACACGGCAUGACUGUCCGGUUUGCCUGCCGCUGAAGAACGCCAGUGACAAGCGCACACAGCAGCCUAUGCUGAGUUCCCCCAAUACCAGUCUCCAGAACUCCAUGUCUACUGUUGGUGUGGGCCAGUCAAGUACCCCUACCAUCAAUACCUCGACUCCCAUAGACCCGAGUUCCAUGCAGAGAGCAUACGCAGCACUUGGGCUGCCUUACGGUAGCCAAGCCACUGGGCAGGCCCAGUCUCAGCAGGCCUCUGGUCCUGGGCAGCCUGCAGGUGCACAGAAUGUUCAGGCCCAGCAACAGCUUCCUCAACAGAUGAGAUCCAUCAAUGCACUUGGCAACCAGAUGGCUCUUACAGGCUCAACAAUGGGUGUGACCACUUCAGAACAGACUAGCUUGCACAGUGAUUCACUUCCAAACACACUCAACACUAACAAUCAGCUGUUGUCUGAUGGAUCAGCUGUAGGCACAAUGGGCAACCUACCCACAGCUGCGCCCAUCUCCGCCACGGGCACCAGGAAAGCCUGGCAUGAACAUGUAACCCAGGACCUGCGCAAUCACCUUGUACACAAACUAGUACAAGCCAUUUUUCCUACCCCUGACCCGGCAGCAUUGAAGGACCGACGGAUGGAGAACCUAGUUGCUUAUGCCAGAAAAGUGGAGGGCGACAUGUACGAGUCUGCAAAUAGUCGGGAUGAGUACUAUCACUUCCUUGCGGAAAAAAUAUAUAAGAUCCAAAAGGAAUUAGAAGAGAAGAGGCGCUCACGGUUACAGAAACAGAUCAUCAAUCAGGCACCUAUGGCCGCCCAGGGCACCCAGCAACCUGGGCUCCCACAGCCCAACAAUCCUUUAGGCCCCAGGCCACAGAAUGGACCUAGCCCUCUACCAAACAUGCCAAAUCAAAUCAUGAACCGGAUGCAGGUUUCACAAGGAAUCAACCAGUUUAAUCACAUGGCUUUGCCCAAUGCUCAGAUAUCUCAGACGACAAUGGGGCCUCGUGCUGCCUCGCCAAUGAAUCACCCACAACAAAUGAACAUGAACUCUGUCCCAGCGGUGGGAAUGUCACCAUCGCGGAUGCCUCAAACCCAGGGUAUGAUAGCAAGUCACAACAGUGGUAACAUUGUGGGCCAAACAGCCAGCCAGGGACAGUUUAUGGCUCAGACUCAGUUCGGUCCAGGAUCCACCGCUGUCUCUGCAACAGGGGCAAUGAAUGUCACAUUGGCACCUGGAUUGGUACAGCCCCCAGCACAGGCAGCUGUUACUCAGCAGCCACAACAGCAGCAGAGCGCUAACCUCCCCAUGAAUGCACUUGGCCCCUCGCUGGGCCCUCAGCUAGCCUCUUCCCAAACCCCCUUGCACUCAACUCCUCCGCCUGCUGCCUCUUCCGCCUCCACGACUGGGGCGGGCACUAACCUGCCCCUCCCCCAGUCCUCCAGCCGUAGUGCCACUCCCACCCUGUCUGGCCUUGCAUCUGCCCAAGGUGCUACCCCACCCUGUCCAACUCAGCCCCAAACACAAGUGGAGGUCCCCUCGUCAGCACAGACGCAGCCCCUGCCUCAGCCCUUGCCUCAGCCCCCUACCACACCGCUUUCUCAACCAGGAGCCAGUCUGGAUAACCGGGUGCCCACGCCAGCCUCGGCUGCAAGUGCUGACCUCCACUCGCAGCAAGCCGCAGCCGACCUGCCUGUUAAGGAGGUCAAAACAGAGGCACACUAUGAUAAAAAUGAGUUUGAGGCCGCUGGCGGCAAAACUGAACCCAAAAUGGAGACGGAUGAAGACUCGAGUUCUUCAUUGGUGAAGAAGGAGGAGCCAGAGGAAAAGCAGGAACCAAUGCAGGUGGAGGAGAAGAAAGUGGAAAUAAAGACAGAGCCUAAAGAAGAGGACGUGGAUGGAACCAACAGAACAGCGUCCUCUUCCCCGUCUCGGAAGAAAGUCUUCAAGCCUGAAGAAUUGCGCCAGGCCCUUAUGCCGACUUUGGAAUCCCUGUACAGACAGGAUUCCGAGUCUUUGCCCUUUAGACAGCCAGUUGACCCUAUGCUUUUGUGUAUUCCAGACUAUUUUGACAUAGUUAAGAACCCAAUAGAUCUGUCCACCAUAAAGCGCAAACUGGACACUGGCCAGUACCAGGAUCCCUGGCAGUAUGUAGAUGAUGUCUGGCUGAUGUUCAACAAUGCAUGGCUGUACAACCGCAAGACCUCUCGUGUGUACAAGUGUUGCUCCAAGUUAGCCGAGGUUUUCGAGGCUGAGAUUGACCCCGUCAUGCAAAGCUUGGGCUACUGCUGCGGCAGGAAGUUUGAAUUUUCCCCACAAACACUCUGUUGUUAUGGAAAACAGCUUUGCACCAUCCCAACUGGCGGCACAUACUACAGUUACCAAAACAGGUACCAUUUUUGUGAGAAGUGCUUCAAUGAGAUUCAGGGAGAAAGUGUGACGUUAGGAGAUGACCCUGCACAGCCGCAAACGAUGAUAUCAAAAGACCAGUUUGAAAAAAAGAAGAACGAUGUACUGGAACCUGAGCCGUUUGUUGAAUGUAAAGAUUGUGGACGGAAGAUGCACCAGAUAUGUGUCUUGCACUAUGAGGUUAUUUGGCCAUCUGGAUUCAUCUGUGACAACUGUUUAAAGAGAAGUGGGAAAACACGGAAGGACAACAAGUUCUCAGCUAAAAGGCUGCAGUCAACCCGACUGGGAAUGUCUAUAGAAGAGCGUGUCAAUAAAUUCUUGAAGCGACAGAACCACCCGGAAGCUGGAGAGGUGUUUGUGCGGGUGGUUGCAAGUUCGGACAAAACGGUGGAGGUGAAACAAGGCAUGAAAGCAAGGUUUGUGGAUACCGGUGAGAUGCCAGAGACCUUUCCUUACAGAACCAAAGCACUUUUCGCCUUUGAAGAGAUUGAUGGUGUAGAUGUGUGCUUCUUUGGCAUGCAUGUACAGGAGUACGGCUCUGAAUGCCCUUUCCCCAACACUAGACGAGUCUACAUAUCUUACCUUGACAGUAUUCACUUCUUCAAACCCAGAGUUUUAAGAACAGCAGUGUACCAUGAGAUCCUUAUCGGCUAUCUAGAAUAUGCCAAGAAACUCGGCUAUGCUCAAGGCCACAUCUGGGCAUGUCCACCAAGUGAGGGGGAUGACUACAUCUUCCACUGUCAUCCUCCCGAGCAGAAGAUCCCUAAACCUAAGAGGCUUCAAGACUGGUAUCGGAAGAUGCUGGACAAAGCUUUUGGGGAAAGGAUCUUGCACAACUACAAGGAUAUUUUCAAACAAGCAACUGAAGACCGACUUACCAGCGCCAAUGAGCUGCCCUACUUUGAAGGAGACUUCUGGCCCAAUGUUUUGGAGGAAAGCAUCAAGGAGUUGGAGCAGGAAGAGGAGGAGAGAAAGAAGGAGGAGAAUACAGCUGCCUCUGAAACUCCAGAAGGUACCCCGGGUGACAGCAAAAAUGCUAAGAAGAAAAACAACAAGAAGACAAAUAAAAACAAAAGUAGCGUGAGUCGAGCCAACAAGAAGAAGCCUGGAAUGCCGAAUGUAGCAAACGAUUUGUCCCAGAAGCUUUAUGCCACCAUGGAAAAGCACAAAGAGGUUUUCUUUGUAAUCCACCUCCACUCCGGCCCCAUGGUCAACAGUUUGCCUCCCAUUAUUGACCCUGACCCCUUACUCUCCUGUGACCUGAUGGAUGGCCGUGAUGCUUUCCUGACUUUGGCCAGGGACAAACAUUGGGAGUUCAGCUCUCUCAGGAGGUGCAAGUGGAGCACCAUGUGUAUGCUCGUUGAGCUGCACAACCAGGGACAGGACCGCUUUGUGUACACUUGCAAUGAGUGCAAGCACCACGUCGAGACGCGGUGGCACUGCACAGUGUGCGAGGACUUUGACCUUUGUAUUAAUUGUUAUAACGCAAAGGGCCAUGAGCACCAGAUGGUCAAAUGGGGUCUCGGCCUGGAUGAUGACAACAACAGCCAGAGUGGCGAGGCCUCAAAGAGCCCCCAGGAAAGUCGGCGUUUGAGCAUUCAACGCUGCAUCCAGUCGCUUGUUCACGCUUGUCAGUGCCGCAACGCCAAUUGCUCUCUACCGUCCUGCCAAAAGAUGAAGAGAGUGGUACAGCACACCAAGUGCUGCAAGCGGAAAACAAACGGCGGCUGUCCUGUGUGCAAGCAACUUAUUGCUUUAUGCUGUUACCAUGCAAAGAACUGUCAGGAGAAUAAGUGUCCGGUGCCGUUCUGCCUGAAUAUCAAACAUAAGCUACGGCAGCAGCAGCUGCAACACAGGCUGCAGCAGGCUCACUUGAUGAGGAGAAGAAUGGCUACAAUGCAAGGCAGAACCAUGCCUCUACCGUCCCCGCCGGCUGCUCCGACAACUCCUACUUCCCACCCUCAGCCCAACACACCCCAGACGCCACAGCAGCCGCUGUCCAAUCAGCCUCAGACGCCCAACUCGGCCGGCGUCAUGUCCCCCUCUUUCCCCAACGCACCUCGUAGCGGGCAGCCGCCAGCAGCCGUGCCCCAGGGUAAACCAGGGCCGCAAGCCUCUCCUUUGCAUCAGCAACCGUCCCCUGUCCAACAGCCACCUCAGCCGCAACAAAUUCAGCAGCAGCCUCCCCUCGCCGCUGUCAAGAUGGCACGCCACAUUGAGUUAAUGGCACAGGCCCAACAGAACCAGCAGAACUAUCUGGUCAACAUGAACAGCUUGCCCAUGAACCCUCAGCAGCCACAGCAGCGUAUGGCGGGACCAAUGCAACCACCCAUGCAAAUGGUACCAGGUCCUCGGGGACCGCAAGUCAUGCAAACAAACAUGGCGUCAGGUCAAUGGCCUGGACCUGCAGGCCCCAUGCAGGCUGCACAGACUCAACAACCAGGUCUUGUCCCGGGCCAGACACCCCCGCAGGCCAUGACCAUGCAGCGAGCCAUGAUGACCCCAGGACAGCAACCUCCUGGCCAGAGGAUGCUAAUUCCACAGCAACCUGGUGCGAGGCCACAGGCACCGCAGAGACCUGGUGCCAUAGCCCCCAAUGCCCUCCAAGAUCUCCUCCGUACCCUCAAGUCCCCCAGCUCACCUCAGCAGCAGCAGCAAGUCCUCAACAUCCUCAAAUCAAACCCCCAGCUAAUGGCUGCGUUCAUCAAGCAACGAACAGCCAAGUACCACGCCAACCAGCCGCAGCAGCAAGCAGGCCAGCAGCAAGGUUUGCCCACAAUGCAGACCAUGGCUAUGCCGGGAGGUGCGGUGCAAAGGCCAGGGAUGCCAUCUCCGCAACCUCAGCAGACUCCUGCUCAGGGUAUGGCAGCGAUGGGCGCUCAAGGGCAGCUGAUGAACGCAGCUCACAACACCAACCCGCAGCUUCAAGAGCUAUAUCGUCGGCAACUCUUGAGGCAGCAGCAACAGCAGCAGCAACAACAGCAGCAGCAACAAGGAGUGAUGCCUCAGGGACACCCCGGUCAGUUCCCUGCCCAAGCCCAGGGUACAGCAGCUACUUACUCCCAGCUUCGCAUGCAGCAACAACAGAUGCAGGCCAUGCAAGCAGGUGCAGGAGCAGCAGGAGGACCAAUGGGCCAGCUACCACCCAUGGCUCAGAUGGCUCAGCAAAGCAUGGGAAUGGACCCUGCUCAGAAACUAAUGCAUCAACGGUUGCUUCAGCAGCAGCAGCAACAACAACAACAACAGCAGCAGCAACAUCUCCCGCAGCAACAGGCUGUCCUCAAGCCGCAAAUGGCCUCUCCUGCCCAGCCCAGCCCCCUGAGCCCCCAGACCCACCUGCUUGGCAGUCAGCCACAAGGUGGGCAGCAUCUCCCUGGUCAGCCCUCACUAGCCAACAGUCUCAGCAAUCAAGUCCGUUCCCCUGCGCCAGUUCAGUCCCCCUGCCCACCCUCGCAACCACCACCACAUUCCAGUCCCUCGCCGCAGAUACAGAACCAGCCCCAGCCUUCACCGCAGCACCCGCCUCCACCCCACUCCAGUUCCCCCCAUCAUGGACUUGGACUUUCAAGUUCCAUGGAACAGGGACACUUGGGGACACCAGAACAAAGCGCCAUGCUACCCCAGCUUAACCCUCCCAACAGAGGGGUACUAAAUAGUGACUUGAAUAUGGUGGGAGAUGCUACAGGAGACACUCUAGAGAAGUUUGUGGAGGGAUUGUAGCAUUUCUGCUGGGGAAUGAAGAACCACCACGUCUCAGUACCUGGGACCCUUGCUAAAUUCUUCCUGAAUUCCCUCAGACUCUUUAUCUAAGAGGGCUUUGUUUGUUCUUUCUACUAUUGAGCGCAUUUUUGUACCUGUAUGGGGAAAAAACUGUUGUAAAAACAAAAAGGAGAAUUUGGUAGAGGAAAGAAGAAAAAGUCCAGCGCCCCUUCCUGAAAAAUGUAACGGGGUUUGCAAUUCGCUUCUUGAAAUGCAAUUUAAGUCACUAAGAAUAUAUUUUUUGGUUGAGACCAAAUGUGUUGAAUACGCAAUUUGUUUUCGGUUGGUUAUUGGUGUGAUUUCAUACCAUCCUCAUAGUUUGUGUUUUUUUCUAAAGAAAAUGUACAAUUGCAUUAUAUUAUUCAUAUCUUUUGUACCAUUAGGAAAAAAGAAACAACCUUUUGUGUUUAAGUUUGUCUGGGAGCUGAGCCAGGUUUUUGUUCUGUUCUCAAGCUGUUGUUCCUGGCAUUUGUGGUCAUAUACCAUUACUCCAACAUAAUGUUCUGAGGGACUGAGACCUAUCUCUUCUUGUCUGUGUGUAUGAAGAGCACUCAGUUGUAUUAAAAUAGGAAAUGUGGACUGUGGCAGGUUGUUUACACAGACACAAUUACAGGUGCACAUGAAGACACGGAGGGAAACCUCACGUUGACCUAAAGAAUCCCAGAUCCCAUUGGUUUCACAAACCCCCUAAAUCUAAGAUUUGCAGCCUCCAACUCGGAUCCCUGGAAGUUGGAAACACUUGAUUUGCUGUUGUAGAAAAUUGUUACUUUGACAUAAAAAAAGGAAACUGUCAUGUUUUUUCACUAUACAACUAUUGUAAAGUGUAAAGAGAGUGGGAGAAAGAGACCAGUACCCUAAUAUGUGGUGCAAGGAUAACCCACCCUUUAGUUUACACACUAAACUGAAAAUGGAAGCACCAUCUUUGGAAUCAACAACCUUCAUUUAUCCCUAUCACGCAAAAACUUGAAAAGGUGGGAAGGGUUUGCUCUUUCUCCUAUUGUAAAUCCACAUAUUAUGGAAAAUACUAUAAAUAUAACUGCGAGAGAACGAAAACACUGUACAAACUGGUAUAAAGGUUCAUUUCUUACUUCUAUACCAUAUUGUUAAAUAAACUGCAACAGUUGAACUAAACUCCAUUGACUAAACCAAGAAGGAUCACAACUACAGUAUUUUAGAUUGUUUCAGAUGAAGAUUAAUGACAAAUUUGCACAUCUGCACAUUUUUCUAAAUGUGUACCUUUAAGGGCAAGACAACAACUUCCCUUAAUAAAUAGGCGACAAUACUGUGGUGUAUACAACCCGUAGCAAAAAGUAUGGAAUCACCAGUCUCUGAUGAGCACUCACUCAGACAUUUUAUUAUAUAGAACAAACUCUGAUAAAAAGCUUGAAAAAAUAAUGAAUUAGUUCAAAAGUGCAACUCCUUGGCAUUCAGAAACACUAAAAGAAAUGAACGAAAAACAUAGUGGUGGUCAGUAAAUGUCACUUUUAUAGAGCAAGUGCAGGGAAAAAAUUAAUCACUCCAUUCUGAAGAAAAUAUGGAAUCACUCCAUUUUGAGUAGAAUAUACAGACACACCCAGUCAAUUUCCUUUCCUCAAUUGGGCCCCUGCAUCAGAUUAGAUCUGCUUGUUAGUCAGCAGUUAAAAACAGUGCAGUUAUCACACCUUGGAGAGAACCUCAAAAUUCCCUCAGUCGUUGAUGAUAUGGGCCUGCAUGUCAGGCAAGGCACUGGCAAGAUGGCUGUGGUUAAAUCUUCAAUAAAUGCACAAGUUUACAUUGAAAUUUCAGACAGCUUUCUUAUCCCUUC